AUGCUAGUUAAAAAGUGCGUAGUGGCCCUCACUUGGGCUAUAGGUAUUAGCAUUUCUACUGCUAGUAUCGCUCCACUGAACAACAACAUCCAUGUUACUCGCGAUGGCACUGCCGCUUCGCCAGACCCUGUGCUCGCUCUCCGACGAGCUAUUGCGUCAACUGCGCAGUCCAAGCGGGACACCGUCAAUUCAAAUACCACUUUACUAGAUAAUAACUGGAAUGAUGUAGUACUGUUUGACUUUGACGAGACAGUACAGAAAGACAACACUACUGGAAUCAAACUCAUCUGCCAGGACUGCUAUGUUAAGGGCACAGCUACUGCCCAAUUUACCGUUCAGGGGAACUUCAAUGCCAGCCAGGCAAUUCACAACGUCACAUCGGAACUUCUGACAUAUUUUCUGGCAGUUUUGAGAUCGACGACUUCGAUUUUCCUAGUAUGCCUUUCGAUCUACCUCAUUCUAAGUGCAGAGCUCGGGAUGGAUAUCAGCAGUGGCUUUCAUAUCAAGCUUCAUGAUGGUGCUGCUAUCAAUAUUGCUAUGUUUAGCAAAAAUGUCUCAAGCAUCACAUCCAACGGCGGCGACUUCGAAUUCUUGCCGGUAACAGUACAAGGUGCUGGCGUCGUGCUCACAGCUCUCCUUCGAGUCGGAGUACAUGCUGGAUUCCAUGUCGCGACACCUUCCGAUUUGACCAUCCCGGGGAUUAAAAUUGGUGAUGUUAGUGCUGGAGUUGAGGUUGGUGUCUGGAUCGACGUUGCCGAAUUUGUCACCAACGUCACAGAGACUCCUAAAGGAGACACAAGCGGAUGCGAACUCCGCGUCGUGGAAGCCUAUUCACUAGCACUCGGUGCUAAUUCUGGUGCGACUGUAUCUGUUGGGCUCCAUCACUGGGGACCGGCGCCAAGUACAAGAAUACCCAUCUUCUACACGACGCUCACGGAUGCUUGUGCUAUCUCAAAAACUGCUACCACGGUAGGGACUACAGCAACAGCCAUAGGGGCCGUGGAAAGACGAGAUGCAAGUUCUACGACAUCUACCGUUACUUAUACUGCUACGUCUUGCAUGACCACGGGCCUUGUAGAUUGCCCUGCAUCGCUGCAGAGCACUUCUAUGUAUUCUACCGUAACAUCAGUCUUGAAAUCUGAAGCAGCUUCUACCCCUUCAACACAGGUAACGGUGACUAGUACAGUGGCCUUUGGGACGAAUGCCAAAGCCAUGACAUCCUCAGAUGGAACUCCUGUAUCAUACAUUCCGCCGCCAGCCUCAACUAGCAGUCAUGGCCACGGGAUUGAUUCUUCUGGGGAUGAUAACAAAGGAGGACAUCAUAGAAAGGUCAUUAUUGGCAUAUGUGUAGGCCUCGUAAUGCCAAUAUUGAUUGCUAUCAUUGCUGGUGCCGUUUACUUCUUCUAUAAACGCAAGAGAUAUAGUGCCGUUUCCAGAGGGGAGACGGUAUACUCUGAUCAGCAAGGGUCCGAAAUGUCCGGAUCAGGCGCCCCUGGUAUUCAAAUUCGACGUAAAGAAGUACCCCAAGUAGCUACGGUGGAAAGUCCGCAAUUCCCCGAGCGAAGCAUCUCCAAAUUUUACGUCCCACGGAAGAAGCUUCCGCAACAGGGUACAAAGUAA